AUGCGCCAAGACAUCAACGGCGCUAGUGCAGUCGCGCUUUCCUCUAAAAAAGCAUCUCUCUCCACCAAUUCCACCCACCACACCAAGAUGCUUUGCGCCAUUUCUGGAGAAGCUCCCCGCGAGCCCGUUGCCUCGCGCAAAAGCGGCAACGUCUUUGAGAAGCGCCUAAUCGAGGCACACAUUGCGGAGAACCACACGGAUCCCGUCACGGGCGAAGAUCUGGCGGUAGAGGACCUGAUCGAGCUCAAGUCACCACAAGUCGUCACCCCACGCGCGCCAAACCUCACAUCGAUUCCCGCGCUGCUCAGCGCCUUCCAAAACGAGUGGGACGCGAUUGUUCUCGAGACACACACGCUCAAGCAGCAACUGGCGCAAACGCGACAAGAGCUCAGCACGGCCCUGUACCAGAACGAUGCCGCCACACGGGUGAUUGCGCGCGUGUCGCGUGAACGAGACGAAGCAAGAGAGGCGCUAUCAAACGUCACCAUUAGCGGAGGCGGCGCAAGCAAUGGCGAUGCCAUGCAAGUCGACGGCCAGGCUCUGCCAGAGGAGUUGAUUGCCAAGGUGGAUGAGACGCAAGCACAGCUAUUUGCGACACGCCGAAAGCGUCCUGUGCCCGCUGGCUGGGUCACGGGCGAAGAGCUCUCUACGUUUGACACGGCAUCCACAAGCGAACCCGUUUACCCCGGCAGCAGCGAAGUUGCCCUCGGCGAGUCAGGCGAUCUGGCACUCUUUGGCGGACAAGACGGUGUGGCUGGAGUAUAUUCUGUGUCGCAGCAAAAGCUGGUGCAGACUCUCGAGGCAGGAAGCGCGGUCACGGCGACAGCAUGGUGGGCACAGCGCGCCGUAGUGGGAACUGCUGCAGGCCACGUCAAGAUCUUCGAGAAUGGCAACGAGAUUGCCCAAGUCGGCUCGCACGCGGGACCCGUCACGUCCAUUUCCCUCCACCCCAGCGGAGCCAUUCUUGCGUCUGGAAGUACGGACAAGCGAUUCGCCUACUACGACCUCGCCACCUUCAAGACUGUCGCCCAAGUCUAUACCGAAGCCGACAUUUCUUGCUGCUCCUUCCACGUCGACGGCCUGCUCUUCUUCGUCGGCAGCUCAGAUGGCAAGAUCCGCAUCUACGACGUCAAGAACGGCAACCUCAUGGUGGAGCUCGAGACCGGCGGCCCUGUGCAGGCUCUGUCUUUCAACGAAAACGGCACCUGGUUCUCCGUGGUGACCAAGGGGUCGAGCAGCGUCUCUGUCUGGGACAUUCGCAAGCAAAAUGUUGUCAAGGUCCUCGAUGCCGGCAGCGCGGUUUCGAGCGCCAAGUGGGACUACACUGGCCAGUACCUCGCAGCAGCAGGCGCGGGUAGCGUCUCGGUGCACCAAUACACGAAGGCGUCAAAGAGCUGGUCAGAGCCUCUGCGCAAGGCCGUACCCGCCAAGGACGUUGCCUGGGGAGCAAGUGCACAGAACAUUGUGGCCCUGACGCCAGAAGGAGGCCUCGCAAGUCUGAGUGCCUCAUAGCCCGUCACUCAGAUUAAGGAGCAGUUGCGCCGGGAUCUUCAGGGAUCGCGGGAGCGGGGCUUGAAGGGGCUUCACAAGAGCAUGUGGCGUUUAAACUCGGGAUAUCUGGCACAUUGAUUCAAAAGGGUUGCGGAGGGCGCAUAUUAGUAUCCGUAGUAUAACUGUACAAUAUGACCAGGGUGCAACAAUUGC